ACACCUAGUUACCGUUGCCUCGGGAUACGGUCGGAGGUCCUCCAGUUUCGGUGCCAAAAAUAAAGUGAAUGAAGAAAACCUCUCCAGGAUGUCGUCUCUGGCCACUUUAGGCCAAACUCUCGGAGCCCGAAGAGUUGUGAUGGGGACUCUGGGGAGGUUUAUGAGGGACAGCAGGUGCCUCCUUACCCGAUUGCCAGAAUGCCACUCAGUGCCCAAGACCAGAGGAACGGGUUCUUCCCUUCACCACAGAUGCUUCACUGCAUCGGCUUCUCGUUGGAAUCGUUCGUCAUCACCUACAGCCGAUCAGAAAACGCCAUCCUACAGCUACAUCGUUAUUGGUGCAGGGUCAGCAGGCUGCGUCCUUGCCAACCGCCUCUCAGAGGAUGCUCACGAGUCUGUGAUGCUGCUUGAGGCUGGACCUAAGGAUAUGUGGUUAGGCAGCUCACGGCUGUCGUGGAAGAUCCACAUGCCAGCUGCACUGACGUACAACCUGUGUGAUGACAAGUUUAACUGGUACUACCACACUUUACCUCAGACCCACAUGGACAACCGGGUGAUGUACUGGCCGAGGGGUCGCGUCUGGGGGGGGUCCUCGUCUCUGAACGCCAUGGUGUACAUCCGUGGGCAUGCCGAAGACUACAACCGCUGGCAGAGAGAGGGUGCAGAGGGCUGGGACUAUGAACACUGUCUGCCUUACUUCAGGAAAGCUCAGUGUCACGAGCUGGGAGAAAACAGGUACAGGGGUGGAAGCGGACCUCUUCACGUGUCCCGAGGGAAGACCAAUCAUCCCCUUCACAAUGCUUUUAUUGAGGCAGGGCAACAGGCAGGAUACCCUUUCACUGAUGACAUGAACGGAUACCAGCAGGAAGGCCUGGGGUGGAUGGACAUGACCAUUUAUAAAGGGAAGAGGUGGAGCACAGCCAGUGCCUACCUGAGGCCUGCUCUGGGUCGACCCAAUCUGAAGACGGAGGUGCGCUGCCUGACCACCAAGAUCCUGUUUGAUGGCAACCGUGCCGUAGGGGUGGAAUACACACAGAAUGAGCAGAAAAAAAGGGUGUUUGCAGAAAAGGAAGUGAUACUGAGCGGAGGAGCCAUCAACUCCCCUCAGCUUCUCAUGCUGUCUGGAGUGGGAAACGGCGAUGACCUGAAACAACUUGGCAUCCCUGUGAUUCAGCACUUACCAGGGGUUGGUAGCAACCUGCAGGAUCAUUUGGAGCUGUAUGUGCAGCAGCAGUGUACUAAGCCUAUCACCCUGUAUAAGGCCCAGAAACCGUUCCACAUGGUCAAGAUAGGCCUCGAGUGGCUCACCAUGUUCACUGGUUAUGGAGCAACAGCCCACUUGGAAAGUGGAGGGUUUAUCCGCAGUCGGCCGAACGUCACUCACCCCGACAUCCAGUUUCACUUCCUGCCCUCACAAGUCAUCGACCACGGGCGAGUGGCCUCCAAAAUAGAGGCUUAUCAGGUUCACGUUGGGCCCAUGAGAAGCACCAGUGUUGGUUGGAUGAAGCUGAAGAGCACCAACCCUCUGGAUCACCCCAUUCUCCAGCCAAACUACCUCUCCACUGAUAUCGAUGUGUGGGAGUUCAGGGAAAGCGUCAAGCUCUCCAGAGAGAUUUUUGCCCAGAAGGCCUUCGAUCCCUUCCGUGGUCCCGAAGUCCAGCCCGGUCCUCAGGUCCAAUCCGACGCCGACGUCGACGCGUUUGUCCGCAGAAAGGCCGACAGCGCCUACCACCCGUCCUGCACCUGCAAGAUGGGCUCCCCCUCCGACCCGAUGGCGGUCGUGGACUCGGACACGCGCGUCCUGGGCCUGGAGCGUCUGCGCGUUGUCGACGCCUCCGUCAUGCCCAGCAUCGUCAGUGGGAACCUGAACGCACCGACCAUCAUGGUGGCGGAGAAGGCUGCCGACGCGAUCAGGGGGAGGCCCCCCCUCGUCGACGCAGGUGUUCCCGUGUACCAGCCUCCGACACUCGACACGCAGAGAUGAACGGAGAGAAUGAAGGGAGGACGACCUGACAGGGUUCACAACGUGAGCACAGGUCACACAGUUCACAACACAACAACACAAUCCGUUACCAGGGGACAGCAGCGGUGAAGGGCUGUGUGUCACAGAAUAACGUGGAAAGGGUUGUCUCGUUUAUGGCCUCUUGUGUUUGGUCAGUUUUAACAGUUUAUAUCCAGUUGUGGUGUUCGGACUGUUUUCAGGAGAAAAAGGGAGCAAUGCACCUCACCACAGCAAACUCUCACACAUUUAUUUACUCAGCUGUGAGCAAAGUAGUCUAAUGGAAGAUUUUUAAAUACUGCGCGAGAACUCCAUACAUUUCACUACUACUAACUACUACAAGACCUUUUAUAGCCUUAACGGCCCUCACAUGACAUAAAUAAUGCCUCAACUGUCCUCUCCAUCAACCCUAACACAGUUUAGAUAACAUGUCAAUCCUCUCUGCACUUAUACACUUCUCUCUUUUAAACAUCUCUCUGGUCUCACAGUGGAAAUGACUGAAGAGGCUAUUUACUAGAAGUCCUCUUUUCAUUUCAAGGAAUCCUAAUACUAAGAAAACUGAAAACGAGAUGUUUUACAUAUAUGAGCACUGACAAAUUGUUUUCCUCUGCGAUUCACGCUGUUUUUUUUUUCGCCAGACUUCAUAGAUUUUAUCUCAGUAAUGUGGUUCGCAGCAGCAUUCAGUCUAAGCCAUUCAAAGUCGCUGCUCUGUCUUAUCACCUCUACUGUUGUCUAACAAUCAGCAGCCUGCAGAGCUCAGCACGUCUCAGCAGCUCGCUGCAAAGCCUUCGUCUUCCUUUCUGAAAAUGUGCGACCCAACACUUUCAAUCUCAACACUGGAUCUGAUUUAGACCUUGGUCUUCUGCUGAUGUGAAGUGUGAGAGGAUAAUAAUCAACCACUCAUCAAUGCUUGCGUGCUUAUGUCUGGAAAGGUUCCUAGACUUUAGCCGCACGGCAGGUGAAGAUGAGGACAAACAUUCAAGCUGCUUCUUCCUUGGAAAGUAGGAUCUGUUUUUUGUUCAACUGGAAUGACCCUGAAAGCACUGAGCAGGGGUCAGAGAGAAGGCAACACGACUUUACGCUAUCACACUAACCUACAUUAAAGGAAAGUCCUCUUGUAAUUCCUCUGCACAUUAAACCUGCCCAGUGUGUGUGGUUUAUAUUAUAGGGCCCACACCAAGUGUUCAAACCCUUGGAUAGUUCCUCUCUUUAUCCGUUUCUUAAAUGGAAUCAUGGUCACAAUGUUUUGACAUCACUUAUUGGUUUUGGGUUUUUACAAAAAAAUUACAAAGUAAUGCAAUUUAAUUAAAAUAUAUAUGCGAUGUAAAAACAUGUGAUUGCAAACGUUUUGACUGUGACCGUCCUGUGCAGGAGGGCGACUCUGACUCAUUCAGUCACUUAUUUAACUCAACUGACCAUGAUUCCAUGUAAGAAAAGCAGUAAACGUAAAAAUACUCUUGAUGUUGAUCUUAUAUGUUCCCUUUAGCCUCAUGUAGCCGUAUAAUCUACGUAUUAAUGGAUUCAAAUUAUAUUUCAGAAUAUUAAAUAUCAGUAUUUUGCGUGUGUAUGAUCUAAAUGUAUUGUGAUGUUUACAUGAGCCGAUUACAUAUCAGAUGAAGUGAUGUUUAUAGAAUGUGAGAACACGACCAGUGCCUUUAAAAUCCUCCUGAUCUCACACCGUCAGUGUUAAUCAGUUUAACCAAUGAACACGUAUGAAGUAUUGAUUGAUUUGUUGAUUUUAACCUGUCUUAAUGAUGUUUGCACUACGCCGCAGUGUGUCUUCAGUGAUUGUUUACAUUAUAAAGCAGUUGUUGUACAAUGACGUGAAUGUCUGAGUCAUAAUGAAGGAGUGAAAGGAUCAUGAAGGGAAAAUGACUGAACUUCCUUAAAGCCGUCCUGCCUUUUUUUUUUUUUUUUUUUUUGUCUUGUACUGACUGGGAACAGACGUCCUGACCUUGUCCUCGUGUCUUUAUUAUAUAAAAUUCAUCAGGUUUGUUGGCAUUUCAGGCAAAAAUUCAAAUGUACAAAAACAGGGCUUUAGUUUGAACUGGUACAAAAUCUAGAAGAUACUGGUACAUAUGCUACAAAGUAGAUAGCGCUAAUAUCUUUCUUUUUUUUUUAAUUUUCAUACAACAAAUGGGUAGAAAGCAGAAAUCUGUACAGGUUUUUAUACAUGGCUGUCAUUUCAUAGACAUCUUGUAAAGCAUUGUACAAAAAAAAAAUAUAAUAAAGCUGUGAUGCACAAUAGA